AUGCAUUCAUUCUUUCAUUCAGGUCCCUGGCUCCCAGCCUUCCCAGCUUCGCUGCACCCCAAUGCCUCUAACGUGAGUCUUCCCGUGGGCACCGGCGCCAGCGGAGCCCCCCUGGCCCUGGCCCAGUCCCUGGCCCUGUGUGCGAUGCUUCUCAUGGACCUCUUAGCGGUCUUAGGCAACCUAGCCGUCAUGGCUGUCAUCACCAAGACGCCGCAGCUGAGGAAGUUCGCCUUCGUGUUCCACCUGUGUCUGGUUGACCUGCUGGCGGCUCUGGUUCUGAUGCCCCUGGGCAUGCUGCCGGACCGGGUUUUGGCGCACGACGAGGCACUGUGCCGGAGCUACCUCUGUCUUAGCGUGGGUCUGGUCAGUGCCGCCAUCUUGUCUAUCUCUGCCAUCAACGUGGAGAGGUACUAUUAUAUUGUCCACCCCAUGCGCCAUGAGGUCAAGAUGACCGUGGGGGUGGUUGUGACGGUGUUGGUCGGGAUCUGGAUCAAAGCUAUUGUCACCUCGGCAAUGCCGCUCCUGGGCUGGGUGCUCCAGGGGAGCCAGGGGGUAGGGGUCGGACUCGGAGGGGGACUAGGGGCUCCCAUGAUCCCGGGUCCUCCAAGUCAGAGACGUUGCUCCCUGCACUGGACCGGAGGAGGAGGGACCACACGGUUAAUAUUCAUGCUCUUCUUCACCUUUGUCUACUUCCUGUGUCCAGUGCUGAUCAUCCUUGUUGUGUACUGUAACAUGUUUAAAGUAGCCAGGGUGGCAGCCAUGCAGCAUGGCCCUUUACCUACCGGGAUGGACACACCUGGGCCCCGCCCUCACCGCUCCGAGUCCCUCAGUAGCCAAUCCACCAUGGCUGCCAGCCUGGGAGGCCCCGGAGGUGGCUCUGGGGGCCCAUGUCCUCCACUCCGCACCCCCAGUCAGAGGACCUUCCACGGGGGUAAAGCCGCGGCAGUCCUGGUGGCGGUUGGAGGCCAGUUCCUAUGCUGCUGGCUGCCUUACUUCUCCUUUCACCUGUACGCCGCCCUGGUCUCCACCCCCCCGACCCCCCUGGCUUCAGACCAGCUGGAGGAAGUCGUGACCUGGAUCGGUUACUUCUGCUUCACCUCUAACCCCUUUUUCUACGGCUGUCUGAACCGGCAGAUCCGCACGGAGCUGGGCCGAAGCCUAGCCUGUAUCUUUAAGCGGGCGGGGCCGGGCAACGGGGAUCAGCUGGCCAGCCGAGAGGCCUCUAUCGAGGAGAACUUCCUCCAGUUCCUCCAGGGGACAGGGUGCAAUCUGGAACCCUCCACCCAGGCACACAGCAGGGCCAGCAGGACCGAGGAGGUGGAGGAGGCGGGGGAGAGAGGCCCUCUUCAAGAUGGACCUUGUCAGGAGAACACGCUGGUCCAGGAACACACGCCUGUUGACUUCCACAUCCCUGGACAGAUUAUCGAGGAGACCUCUGAGUUCUUGGCGCAUCAGCAUCUGAAUCGGAACAAUGACAUCAACCUAGCAGACAACUGCUGCAGGGUAAACAGAACAGUGCUGGACAGUGCCUGAGCU